AUGACGUGGCCAAGAAAUUGGGGACAACGACAUCUUGUGCUUCACCCGCACUGCUUGAUAUGCUAUGAGGAUUUCACUGCGAGAGUGUUGAGGAAAGAGAAAGCCAAGAUGUACCUCAGCCAUGUCUGCAAGGCCUUCACACACGAUGAGCUCCGUUUCACUGUUUGCGAAGGCUCAGGAAGACAGCGGGUCUGGACGUUUCAAGCCGACAGUGAGCAGAAGAAGAUGGAGUGGAUCGCCGCCAUUAAGACACAGAUUGAGAAGUCGAACACGAAUAAUGACAAGAGCGAGAGCUGUCAGUCGACCCAAGGCUUCGGGGGAAUGGAGGAGGAGACCUACCAAGAAAUCAGCCAGGUGAGCGAGGUCUUGACGGAUAUCAGCUCCAUCAACGUCAACGAGAGCUUGAAAGAGCAUUGCGGAGACUCGGUCACUACUUGUUCGGUCGACGUGAGUCAAACGGAGACAAGGGAGAAGGAGGAUAUUGGGAGGGAGGGGAAGGAGAGGGGUAACGAGCAGCUUUCAAGCUCUGCUGGCUCUGUCGGGGACCUGAGAAAAGAAGCUCAACAGGAGGAGGGCGAGAGGGUCAUGUCGUCUCAACCCAGACGACGACUAGUCAGAGGAGAGAUCAACGGUCUGAUCGGUAAGAGACUCUUCGAGGAAGGACUUCGCUACUGGAACCUCUACUCCACGAGGACCGCCAGGAGCAUGCGAGCUGAACCUGAAAGCUCCUUCUCAUCUCGCCCGAUGCGCCUCGAGCCUCCGCUAGAGAGUAAGGUCAUCGUGACUGGCGAGGAGGAGGAAGAGGAGGAAGGGGGGGGAAGCGGAAGCAAGUGCGGCCUGUACAUGAAAAGAUCACGAGUUUAUCCGAUGGAUGGCACAAGGAUAGCCAAGAAAGUUUAA